AUGGUGCGCAUAAAAGAGAGAUAUCUUCUUGUCAACAUCGUUUAUCCGCCAGACCCUGCAACAGCUGCAAAAUCAAAUUUGCCAGACUCGGUCCUCCAUCACCAGCCAACUAUCGAAAAGCUGUCUCCCGGCGCUCUAAUCAAGGGUAUCAGAGCUGAAGUCGCGUCACUAUACGGUGACUAUGGAUCUGGAGCACUGAUGAACUGCUCUGUGAAAUACCUUUCGUUGGCAACGUCAACUUUUAUCCUCAAAUGUUCAAGAGCUCAUUAUCAAAUGCUCUGGUCCACAUUGACAUUUAUGGAUCAUGUUCCUGUGAAAGACGGCAGAUCUUGCAUCUUUCGUGUUGUGCGCGUCAGUGGAACAAUUCGCAAAGCUGAAGAUGAGGCUAUUCGCCAGGCCAAGAGGCUCAUCCUCGCCGCUCAAGAAGAAACUGACCCCAAGUCCUCGUUCAGUUCUUUACGUAACCAGGACGAAAUGGUCCUCGACAUCAACGACGCGUCAAGCGACGAGGAAAUGGACGAUGCAGAUGGUUGA